AUGUCUCGAAGAGUAAACCAGCUCGAACAGCCACCUCUAACCUUAGAACAACUAGCCAAUCAAUUACCGGAAAUAUGGCAAAACAUUCCUCAACACUACAUUAACAACUUAAUAAGAACUAUGCCAAACAGGGUGAUAGCACUAAGACGAGCCAUCAGGGGUGGACCUACGAGUGCUCGAAACGUAAAAACUCUUAAAGAAAAAGUUGACGUAAUUGAGAUUUUUAAUAAAGACAAACUAAGCGUACGCGACUUAGCAAAACGGUUUGGAAUAGGAAAAACACAGGCAGCUGACAUUAUUAAAAAUAAGGAUGUUUUAUUAAGUAAGUUCCACUCAAAUAUAAAUGUGAAUGAAAAAAGAAGCUUCCUAAGAGAAGAGAGCAGAAAUAUUGACAGACAGUGCUAUGAGUGGUUCAUUAGAGCUCGAAGCAAAAAUAUUCCAUUAUCAGGUACAAUUGUUAAAACGAAAGCCAAAGAAAUCGCUGAUGGUUUGGGGUAUAGAACUUUCAGUGCAUCAGAAGGUUGGCUGCAAAAGUUUCGUACCCGGCACAACAUUGCUUUUAGAACUAUCAGUGGGGAGGCCGCAAGUGUGAACUCUGCCGAUGUCACGACAUUUUGGGAAAAAGUACCAUCUAUAAUUAAGAACUAUGCUCCGAAAAAUAUCUAUAAUGCUGAUGAGACUGGGCUAUUUUUCCGAGCAGUGCCAAACAGGACUCAUUUGAAGCGAGAAAGAUGUAUUGGAGGUAAAUUUUCAAAAGAGAGACUGACUAUACUUUUUUGUGUAAAUAUAGAGGGACACAAAGAAAGACCUCUAGUGAUCGGAAAAAUGGCCAAACCAAGAGCAUUUAAAAAUAUUAAUGUGAAAGAAUUGCCAGUUACUUAUAGGUGGAAUAAAAAAGCUUGGAUGACCGGUGAACUAAUGGCCGAAUAGUUAAAUCAAUUUGAUAAAAAAAUGAUGCGUAAAAAACGAGAAAUUCUAUUAUUUCUCGACAAUGCAUGUUGUCACCCAAAGGAUAUAAGAUUGAAAAAUAUUAAAUUGUUUUUUCUGCCUCCAAACUGCAUUUCGAUUGUACAGCCUUUAGAUCAGGGCAUUAUUAAGGGUUUUAAAACAUUUUAUAGGAUAAUCAUUAUUAAAAAACUUUUAUUAGCCAUAAAUACUGCUGAAUUCGCCCAAGAAUUAGCCAGAAAAAUACACUGUCUAGAUGCAAUUUACUUUAUAAACAUUGCAUGGGACCAAGUCACAAAGAAAACGGUUCAAAAUUGCUUUAUUAAGUCUGGCAUUACACACUCUAAUAGUUCAGAA